UCUUCCCUUCGGCUGUUCUGAAAGUGCUCGUGGGUGUGGGUGUGGGUGUGGGUGUGGCCAUGGCGGUAACGACUGCGGGCCUGGUUUUCUUCUUGUCUUUCGAAACUUGAAGAACGAUUCGGCGAGGGGAUUCUUCUAGAAAAGUGUUUCGUUUUCCUCGAAACUUCAAAAGACGGAGAGAGAGAGAUGAAACCGCAGCAAUGGGCGUCUCCGUGCGGAAGCCAAUGCACGAGCAAGUACUCGGCCCUCACUCAGAUUCCAUGGAGAGUAUUUUGCAAGAAGGCUUGUGAUGCUGAUGGAGAGACAUGGGAAGAAUGUGUGGAAAACUGCAACGAGAUGUGUUAUAAGGACCCUGUGCUAAAGGACCACCAGUGGAGUGCUUACAUUGAUCGCUCUCCUGGUGCUGCAACUUACUCAGAGGAAUGUUUUCAUGCUUGUGUAUCUGGCUGCGGCUACAAGUUUGACAUUCAUCCGGAGAAAGCCGAGCAAGUUCGUCCAAACAGACCACUGAAGCCUCCUCCUCCUCCUGUUCAGAAGGCAACUGGACCAUCUCCAAAACCUAGCGCCCUCUCCGAAGACAUUCCUUGCUCCUCCGCCUGAGACGCAAAGCAUCUAAGAGCUGAACUUUCAAUUUUAGUAACAAUAGAUAUCCACAGAAGGUUACAGUGGAGCUCACAUGGUUUGCUGCUUUCCCGAUCAGCUAACUUCAGCAACCAAUUUUGGCUUACUGAACCCAAUAUAACGCAUCGCUCACUGCCGUCCCGGAUUUUAGGCUUUUUUUGUACUUCUUUCUUCUGACCUUGAGGAGAAGUUUGUGAAAUUCGUCUGAGUUAGAUGCAAUAUGUAACUUGAACCCGAAUCGGCAAUCCAGUACGGCAUUGUUGAUCCUGACAUGCUAUGAAUCAAACGGAAUGUGCCGGAGACUUUUUACUA